GGAAGUUGAUUAUUAUUGCCAACAACUGCCCGCCUUUGAGGAAGUCAGAAAUAGAAUACUAUGCUAUGUUGGCGAAGGUUGGAGUUCAUCAUUACAAUGGGAAUAAUGUUGACUUGGGCACUGCUUGCGGCAAGUAUUUCAGAGUGUGCUGUCUAAGCAUCGUCGACCCUGGUGAUUCUGAUAUCAUUAAGACAAUGCCUGGCGAUCAGUAGAAUAGUAUUAAGCCCAUUUUGUCCUCUCACAAAACUUAUAUUGUUUUAUUUUCUCAAUUUUCCGUUGAUUUGGACAUUAUUAUAGAAAUUCAUGAUGUGGUCUUGGACCAUUUGAGGUGUACUUUUCCUUCGGUAGCAGGAUUGUAGCACAUUGAGCUUUGAUGAAAUGAUAAUGGAAGUUUAUCUUACGAAAUUUUCGUUGAA